UAGAUAACACUAGUGUCCCGCUGCACUGCACGCAGUAUGCACACACAGUACAGUCGCCCUGGGUCUGAACUCUGAAAUACCCGCCAGUCUCCCCCGCCAAUCCCGGCCCACCCCCGCCCCCUGCCACAGCCGGUGACAGAGGAAACAACAAACAUGGCGGAGCCUCCGAGUCCCGGCGACCCCAGCCCUACUCGUGUGGCUCGGCUGAAGGCUUGGUUGUGUCGGCACCGGGGGUACGCCUGGCUUCUGCUCCCUGUGGCGGGGCUGUUCGUCCUCCAGUACUUCCUAGCGCCACUCCGCCUGUACAGGACCGCGCUGGCCGUGAUAGCUUUUAUGAACACAUUGACACCAAAGUUCUACAUUGCUCUUACUGGCACGUCAUCACUGAUAUCUGGACUCAUUUUGAUUUUUGAGUGGUGUUACUUCAGAAAGUACGGCACAUCUUUCAUUGAGCAAGUAUCUAUAAAUCAUUUACGUCCUUUGAUGGGCGGGAUUGAUCCUGGAUCCUCCACAGAGGGGUUCUUUCCCAACACCGGAGACCAUGAGACCAGCAGACAGAUUUUGUCAGAAUGUAAAGUGUGGAGGAAUCCUUUAAAUCUUUUCAGAGGUGCAGAAUACAACAGGUACACAUGGGUUACUGGAAAGGCACCCCUUACAUAUUAUGAUAUGAAUCUGUCGGCACAGGACCAUCAGACGUUUUUUACGUGUGACACAGACUCCCUGCGACCAUAUGACGCUGUGAUGCAGAAAGCAUGGCGAGAGAGGAGCCCUCAGUCACGGGUAAAAGCUGCAUAUCAAGCUCUAGGAGUGUCUAAUGACUGCGCCACAGCUUACAUUUUGUUGGCAGAGGAAGAAGCCACAACAAUAUCUGAUGCAGAAAGGUUGUUCCAACUAGCACUGAGAUCAGCGGAGUCUGCCUAUAAGAAGUCCCAACAGCAGCAGUACAUGAGCUCACAGCAUGAAGCUCAGCACAAAAGAGACAUAAAUGUUUUGGUUUAUACAAAAAGAAGGCUGGCUAUGUGUGCAAGAAAAUUGGGAAGAAUACGGGAAGCUGUUAAAAUAAUGAGAGAUCUAAUGAAAGAGUUUCCUCUGAUCAGCAUGGUAAAUAUCCAUGAAAACCUGCUGGAGGCUUUGCUGGAAUUACAGGCAUAUGCGGAUGUUCAGGCUGUGCUUGCUAAAUAUGAUGAUAUUAGUCUUCCAAAGUCCUCAACAAUAUGUUACACGGCAGCUUUAUUAAAAGCUAGGGCAGUUUCUGAAAGGUUCUCACCAGAAACAGCCUCUAGAAGAGGCCUUAGUACUGCAGAAAUGAACGCAGUGGAGGCCAUUCAUCGAGCUGUAGAAUUUAACCCGCAUGUUCCAAAGUAUUUGCUAGAAAUGAAAAGCUUGAUUAUGCCACCAGAGCACAUACUGAAGCGGGGAGACAGUGAAGCAGUGGCAUAUGCCUUUUUUCACCUUCAGCACUGGAAACGUGUGGAAGGAGCACUGAAUUUACUGCACUGCACAUGGGAGGGCACGUUUAGGAUUCUACCAUAUCCCUUAGAAAAGGGACAUCUUUUUUAUCCUUACCCUGGGUGUACUGAAAAUGCUGACCGAGAACUCUUACCACCUUUUCAUGAAGUUUCUGUGUACCCAAAGAAGGAGCUACCUUUUUUUAUUCACUUCACUGCUGGUCUGUGCUCUUCUACUGCAAUGCUGGCACUUCUAACCCAUCAAUUUCCAGAGCUCAUGGGAGUUUUCGCAAGAGCUUUUUUUGUGACACUGCUAGCCCCCUUCAGUUUUAUUAUGGAAAAGAUUGAAAGCGUAAUGCCAUCCAGCUUCUGGCACCAGCUGACCCGGAUGUAACAUGUAUCUUAUCCACAUAAGAUUACAAGAAAAAGAAGAGAGCCAAGACUCCGAUAGUGACUUUUGGGCCCCGUAAUUCUGAACAUCUACAGAAAAGAGGAAAUCCAGUUUCGCUUCUAGUUUCCUGGAUACUAAACAUGCUGAUGAUCCAGUCUAAAAGGAAACAGUAGUUGGAUAAUAAUUUCUUAUGAAAUUAAAAUGUGUAUAUUAAUUAGAAGCAAAUAAAAAAGUUUGAAUUUCGAUAUUAUAAAA